AGUACGGAGCAGCCUCCUGUAGCCGAAGGCUGGAUGGCGGCUCCCAGGCAGCCGCUCGGGGGGUGAGGCCGCGGGAUGAAGCGGGAUAGACGCGGGCAGACUAAGGCCUGUCUUCGGAGGGCUCCCGGGGCCACCGCAAAGGAAACCACGCAAGUGCCCAGACAGCCGCCGCCUCCACUGAUCCAGGAGCUUCCAGGGCCCAAAGCGGGCAUUGGAAGAACCUUGGGCAUUGGUUACUGCCGGCUGUGCCAUGGGAAGUUCUCCUCCCGCAGUCUGCGCCAGGCCUUUGGGAAGGUGCCGGUCACCGGUCGGAGCUCAGAGAAGCAGAAGAGGAUGGACCAGGUGUUCUUUGCUGACUUCCAUCAGCUGGUUGGGGUGUCGGUGCGGCAGGACCCCCGGCUGCCCCAGUUUGUGUGUAAGGACUGCCAUGCCCAGUUUUAUAAGUGCCGCAGCGUGUUACGCACCUUCAUACAAAGAGUGAACGCCUCCCCGACCACUCAUCACAGCAGCACGACAGGUGGUAAAGUGCACAGUCCUGACAGUGUUACCGCAGGGCCCUGCGCAGAUCUGAUCACCUCGAGCCCCGAGUGCCUGCACGGUCUGGUUAGCUGGACCCAUAGCCAUGCAGGGGGUUGCACUUCAGUGCCCAGCUUGCAGCAAGUGCUUUCCACGCAGUACAGUGGCAUCAUUCGGGCAGUAUGGGGUUGCGGAGAGGGGCAUGAUUACAUCAUGGACACGGACUAUGACCUCACUCCGGAGGUGCAGCCAAAGGCACCAAGUGGAAACGGAAUUCAUCCAGUUAGCGAAGCUGCGGACACUGCCCCCUUAGGAUACGUACUGCCGGACAGGGUGGAGACCACCCCCGCUGUAGCUGAUAUUGGACGGGCGGGUAAUCCUCCUGCACAGAGCAGAUCACUUGCACCGCUUCCGGAGGUACCCGUGGCUGGACAAGACGGAAGAACUUCUCCUGAGACUAACGACCCUGAAAAGGAUGAGGGCAGCGAGCUUUCAGACGGUGAUUCCCACAGCAAAGAUGAUGGAGAUGAGAGAGGAGACGUCUUGUCUUCAGAUGACUCCUUUGAACCACAUCCAGAAAAGAGGCCUCCUCCCAGAAAGACCAGACUGAGGAAAGCCCAGAAGGCCAAAGAGCCCAAAAUAAGAAAGAAGCCAGGACCUAAACCGGGCUGGAAGAAGAAGAUUAAGCGAGAACGCGAGGAGCUUCCCACUAUCUACAAGUGUCCUUACCAAGGCUGCACCGCUGUGUAUAGAGGAGCUGAUGGUAUGAAGAAACACAUUAAGGAGCAUCAUGAAGAGGUGCGGGAGCGGCCGUGCCCUCAUCCCGGCUGUAACAAGGUGUUCAUGAUAGACCGCUACCUGCAGCGGCAUGUCAAGCUGAUUCAUACUGAGGAGAGAAAUUACAUCUGUGACCAGUGUGGACAAGCAUUCAAGCAAAGGAAGCAUUUAUCUGUGCAUCAGAUGAGGCACUCAGGAGCUAAACCCUUACAAUGUGAAGUGUGUGGUUUCCAGUGCAGGCAGAGGGCUUCACUCAAAUACCACAUGACCAAGCACAAGGCUGAGGCCGAUCUGGAAUUUGCGUGUGACCAGUGUGGGAAGCGCUUUGAGAAGGCCCAUAACCUCAAUGUUCACAUGUCGAUGGUUCAUCCACUCACCCAGAGCCCUGCAAAGCCCCCGGAUACAGAACCUGACACCCCCUCAGGAACUAUGGAAGGACAAGCAAUGAAGCCAGAAUUAGCACAACAGCUCGGCAGCUGAGGACUGGUUUGUGUGUGU